AUACUUUCCAAAACAAAGAUAAAACUCACUUGAGCUUUUAUUUUCGUUUGACAGCUGAUUGUGGGACAACUGUCAAGUCGCGCGAGGUAGAAAGUUUUGAUCGGAUUGCAGUGAAAUGGGAAUACGCGGUGUUGUCGUGGGAGAUAGAUAAACGUUAGUCUAAUUAUCUAAAUAACGAUGACAUUGUGACGUGUACCGGAACGUGCGUGUACCUCCUGCUGCACCGCAAUUGGUGCGCCCUUGCCAGCAACCCUGAAACGCACACGCGGCCAGUUAUUGAUCGGGAGAAGUAGGCGCACUCUCCUACGGAGCGGAGACGUCGCCACCGAUGAAGCAAUUCGGCAGCAGCUCGAACUUGUCGUCGUCCUCGUCAUCCUUGCCGUACACCAGUUUGGGGUCGGGGAAGACCACUUCCAAGCAGUCGUCCUCAGGCUCGACCAUCAUCGACACUGGGAUGUAUUUGCGGGAUUGGCGGAAGGCGCUCCGUUCGCCACCUUCGUACCGGAUAGGCAAUCGGACCAUUCGGUUGCAAGUGCACUUCACCUGGGUGCUGGCCACACUGUGUGCGUUCCUUCUCCUGGUGCUGUACAUCUCCUCCAGCCCUUCGUCGUCGUUGAUCAAUGAUGCACCUCCGGCAAACAGCUUUCUGAGGAAUUCGGUCAUAGUAUACAACCACACCUACCCACUGACCAGUCCGAUCAUUAGCAGUGGCAUAUACUCGUUCAGGAUAGGGAUCAUCGCCGACCUCGAUACGAAUUCGGCGCUCAAGAAGAAUCAGUGGGGCAGCUACUAUCUGAAGGGCUAUCUGAGCUUCAUUCCGUCGAAACGAUCGAUCACGGUGUCCUGGGACGAUGGCGAGGCGAAAGCACUUCAGUCUGGGUUUUCGCUGAAGGGCCGGGGGAUGGAGUUGUCCGAAUUGGUGGUGUUCAACGGUAGGCUGCUAACGUUUGACGAUCGCACCGGGUUGGUGUACGAGAUUGAUGGCGAAAAGGUGUUGCCCUGGGUGCUGCUAAUGGACGGGGAUGGCCGCACGACGAAGGGCUUCAAAUCGGAGUGGGCCACCGUGAAGGAUCAGGUGCUGUACGUAGGGUCGAUGGGCAAAGAGUGGACGACUUCUACCGGGGAUUUCGAAACGAACGAUCCCAUGUACGUGAAGGCGGUCACGGUACACGGAGAGGUGUAUCACUUAAACUGGAUCAACAAUUACAAAGCCAUCCGGAAAGCGAUCGGUAUCGAGUGGCCCGGGUACAUGAUUCACGAGUCUGGCGCUUGGUCGGAGGUGCAUCGGCGAUGGUUCUUCUUGCCCCGGCGCUGCUCCCGCGAGCGCUACAAUGAAACGCGGGACGAGCACAUGGGGUGUAACUUUCUCUUAUCGUGUGACGAAACGUUCCAAGGAGUUCGCGCGAUCGAACUGAAGAGGAACGACGUGCCAUCGACGCACGGGUACUCGAGCUUCAAGUUCCUGCCCACGAGCAACGAUGAAAUAAUCGUUGCCCUGUCCACGGAAGAGCUGAACGGCAAAACGUCCAGCUUCAUCAGUGCGUUCACCAUCGAGGGCGAGCAGCUGAUGGUGGAAACACGCAUUCACACCGAGUACAAGUACGAGGGACUAGAGUUUAUCUAGAGUUUUAGUGUGUAGUUGCAUUCUUGUACAUAGCCAACAGCCGCACAGUGUAUUCUCACUGUCCCCGUUGGCAGCUAGUUAGACAAUGACACCUAAAUCCGCAAUCGCGAUAACGCUUGUAGGAGCUUGCAACCAAACCCCGUGGUAUCGGAGAAGCGUUAAAUGCCAAACUUUAUCAUCACACCUUUUCUUUUCCUCCGUACCCUAAUAUACCACCACGUACAACACACACGCACGCGGCAGGGUUGGACACAGUUAUUGGUGGUUUCCGAUGCGUCGUGGGCAGCAGAAACCAUUUGUUGUGAUAUAGUAUUUCUGUGUGUUGUUCUUUGUACAGCUAUAAUAUUAUUAUUUUUAAAUAAACGCAACGCACGUCGCUCUGAAGCAAUAGCAGCGUACGAGAUAAUAGGUCUUAUCUAACGCAUUUUGGGGCUUUCACAAGGAUUAGGCGUGUGAGACAGAGAGCGCGAGAGCGCGCUUGAUUGUGUGCGUGUGCGUAUACGACAACCAAAACAGAGAGCAACAAAUGCCGGCACAACCGAGCUGGAGAGUAAAUAGAGAUAGAGAGAGAGAAAUAAGGAUGGCUGCGUUCACUCGGGCGGAUGACAUUUCACGACACGCGCUAUAUCCUUUCAACCAAGGAGUCCACGCGGAGAGAUUAGGGCCGUUGUGUUGUUAGGCAACCAACCACUUUCAGGAAGGAGCUGCAAUACGACGAAUCCCGAACACUUUCACCGUAGAACCAACCGUGAACGGAUAAAAAUUAAGUGUUCCCAAUGUAUUUCGCUUUCGCGACCGGUCUGGAGUUUGUGCGAAAUUGGCCCGGUGGGCUCACGGUUGUGUAGGCAUUCGUUUGCGACAGUGUUAAAACCAGCCAGAAGUCGCCCCAUGUUGCCUUGACCUUAUCCGUCGUCGCACGUUAAUCAUGGAUCGAAGCAGUCGAGCGUUGUAAAGUGUUAGUGUUUGGUGGUGAUGUGUGGUGAAGGUGUAAAAGUGUGCACCACAUGUUAUCACACAGCACCAGGGUGUUUCUUUUGUUGACGUCGGAACUCGCUUUGAGGGCCGCCCUAAAAAGUUUGGAACCUGUACCUCAAGCGUUUGUAGUGAAAAGCAAGCUGUGUGCUGAGUAUGUAAAGAGCUUUGUGUUUGUGGACUGCUGUGAUGUGAUGUCAGACCGACCAACCUUAACAACCGGUGAUUUGCUUAUAUUCGUUCGAUUUGUACAUUCGUAGUACACAACCUGGAGUGGACAUGGACAAAACGACAAAGCUAUUAUUAAACUACGGGCUCAUCUUGUA